UAGAGUUUAAACAAGUUUUGAGAAAAUUUUUUUAAGCUAAAAUGAGAAUAUACCAAAGUUUCUUCAUUUUGUUCAUCACCAUUGUUGUUAGUUGUUUAGUUACAACAUUUGAAAGUAAAGAGUUAGAAGGAUGGAAACAUGGUCGUGCUACAUUUUAUGGAGACAUGAAGGGUGGCGAAACCAUGCAGGGAGCUUGUGGAUAUGGAGAUCUAUUCAAGCAAGGUUAUGGCCUGAAAACAGCAGCAUUAAGCACAGCACUCUUCAACAAUGGUGCUACCUGUGGAGCUUGCUUUCAAUUAAUGUGUGUUGAUGCUCCUCAAUCAUGUCAUCUGGGAAAUAGAAUUAUAACUAUAACAGCCACCAAUUUCUGCCCUCCAGAUUACUCAAAAACUGAAGACAUUUGGUGCAAUCCUCCACAAGAACACUUUGAUCUGUCGAUGCCUAUGUUCUUAGAGAUUGCCAAGUACGAAGCAGGAGUUGUCCCUGUAAAGUACAGAAGAGUCCAUUGCCAAAAAACAGGAGGUCUCAAGUUUGAGAUGAAAGGGAAUCCUAAUUGGAUUCUUGUUCUUGUUCACAAUGUGGGAGGUGUUGGAGAUGUUGUCAAUGUCAAAGUCAAAGGAUCUAACUCUUCAUGGUUACCCAUGCAGCGAAACUGGGGACAAAAUUGGCAGACUCACGAGAGGUUGGUGGGACAGAGCUUGUGUUUCCAAGUACAAGCUAGUGAUGGUCGAUGGGUUGAAACUGAUUAUAUUGUUCCUGCUAACUGGCAAGUUGGUCAGACAUUUGAAGCGAAGACUAAUUUUUAA